GAAACCACAGCUUCUCCAAGGAGUCUAUGCCAUGGGUUUCAAUCGUCCAUCCAAGAUACAAGAGAAUGCAUUGCCACUGAUGCUUGCUGAGCCCCCACAGAACUUAAUUGCCCAAUCUCAGUCUGGUACUGGUAAAACAGCUGCUUUUGUGCUGGCCAUGCUUAGCCAAGUAGAACCUGCAAACAAAUACCCCCAGUGUCUAUGCCUCUCCCCAACGUAUGAGCUCGCCCUGCAAACAGGAAAAGUGAUUGAACAAAUGGGCAAAUUUUACCCUGAACUGAAGCUAGCUUAUGCUGUUCGAGGCAAUAAAUACUCGCAAAACAGCUAGUUGGCUGGCAGCAGAGCUCUCAAAAGAAGGCCACCAGGUGGCUCUACUGAGUGGGGAGAUGAUGGUGGAGCAGAGGGCUGCGGUGAUUGAGCGCUUCCGAGAGGGCAAAGAGAAGGUUCUGGUGACCACCAACGUGUGUGCCCGCGGCAUCGAUGUUGAACAAGUGUCUGUCGUCAUCAACUUUGAUCUUCCCGUGGACAAGGACGGGAACCCUGACAACGAGACCUACCUGCACCGGAUCGGGCGCACAGGCCGCUUUGGCAAGAGGGGCCUGGCAGUGAACAUGGUGGACAGCAAGCACAGCAUGAACAUCCUGAACAGAAUCCAGGAGCAUUUUAAUAAGAAGAUAGAACGAUUGGACACAGAUGAUUUGGAUGAGAUUGAGAAAAUAGCCAACUGAGAAGCUCCACCAGCCACUGGUGCCAGCCCUGACACUGCCCCUGCACGGGAGACAAGUGCGUUCAGGGCACAGCCCCCGACAUCACCCCAAGGACAACGGCAUGAGUAGAGAGAAACUACCUACCUCACUUCAAAUUAUGUUUGGACUUGACAAAAAUGUGUGCAAAUGAUGGGGGAUGGUAGAAAAAAAUUAUUUACAUAACCUUGGAAGAUUAGGCAUGAAUACACAGAGAUUUACCUUUUGGAAGUUUCAUCUUUUAA